AUGAAACGAAAGCUCCCCGACAUUAUCGACCUGACCAGCAAUGGUGAAAAGGAAACUAAAGUUCCCAGGUUGAGUGACUGCACUUCCCUCCCAUCUGAACCUCGGCCUCGACCAACCUCUCCGAAAACCAAAUAUCACGAUCUUCACAAGCGCCUCAUCUUGGCAUACCCAGGCGUUGAUGCGGAGGAAGCUUUAGUCAACCAGAUUAUGGAUUUGGGCCCAUACCCGCAGGAACAAGCACCAGCGGAGGCCGAAAAUGCUUUGCAAAAUGUUCCGGGAAAGUCUCUGCCACAAGCUAGUUCCAAGAUAACCUGGGGCGUGGAUGAUGGGAUCGUCCGGAAUAAUUCUUAUUAUCGAGCUAGUCAAUAUCUGUUACAAGUACACUUCCCCAAAAUUCCUCCGGAGUACAUACGUUCCGUGUUACAGUCGCAGAAAUCAUUGUUCGCUGCAUAUGCAAACCUAGACCAAUCCGAAAGCACCUACGAUCUGACCAAUCCUCCUUUAUAUGAACGACGCCGUCCUGGAAUGCCAGACAAACUGGAACUUCGGUCAAAUAUCUCGAUUGAUCCUGGCCUGUUCCGGGAGCUCGAGGCUGCUAGAGAAGAGCAACAAAAAAAAGAAGAGAAACGACAACGUGAGAGAGAAUUGGCUGAAUUGGAGGCCCGAAAUGAAGCUGCAUGCAUCGCACAGGGCGAUAUCAUGGAAUGCCAGUGCUGUUAUACGGAUACACCUAUCAACCGUAUGGUACCUUGCACAGGAGAAAAUAUUCACUUCUUCUGUAAGGAAUGUGUUAGAUCCACUGCGAAAACCCAAAUUGGAGUUAUGAAGUAUGAAGUGAACUGUAUGGACACAAGCGGCUGUGGUGCUGGUUUCGACAGACAGAUUCUAGCGGAGGUCGUAGGGAAAUCACUGAUGAAUAAAUUAGAACAACUUCAGCAGCGCGAUGAGAUUGCAAAAGCAGAGAUUGAAGGGCUGCAUGAUUGUCCCUUUUGUGACUUCAAAGCCAUAUGUCCUCCAGUUGAAGUGGAUCACGAAUUCCAUUGCCAGAACCCAGAGUGCAAAAAAGUGAGCUGUCGUCGCUGUGGCCUAGCAUCUCACAUUCCCAAAACCUGCGAGCAGGCCAAUGACAAGAAAACACCAGCAAGACAGAAGGUCGAGGAGGCCAUGAGUGAGGCGCUUAUUAGGACCUGCCCUAACCGCAAGUGCAAUGUCAAAAUGAUCAAGGAGGAUGGCUGUAACAAAAUGAUAUGCGUGAAAUGCCGUUAUGCGAUGUGUUACGUUUGCAAGAAGAACGUUACUAGGGAGGGGUACGGUCACUUUGGCAAGCCACCUAAUUAUUGUCCUCUCCAUGAUGUCAAGACCAAUGUUCGCCACUUCGAGGAGGUUUCAAGUGCGCAUAAGAAAGCGAUCGAAGAGGUCAUGAAAGCCGAUCCGCAAUUGAGACUAGAGGAAUUGGCGAUCGAGGCCCCUAAGAUAGAACUUCAGAAAACAUCAGCCCCUGUGGGCCAGGCUCAGAUACGAAACCGGCACCAUCGUAACAACGCUCUGGCUAGACACGGUCGAAUUCCAGGCGUCGCUCCAUUCCAUCCAGCCCAACCCGGUGCUGCGGGCCUAGGAGUCAAUGCUCAGGUUCCCAUGCACGCCCCUGUGAACCGUAACCAUCCAGUUCCUGAGGCUUACCCUCAACCAGUCCCAGUCCAAAAUAUGGCCAACCAGCUUGGUCCUUUUGGAGGAGUCGUGGGACGGACGAACCGAGCCGAACAUCUCCAUCAGCCGAUUGCCCAGCACUAUUUUGAGCCUCAGAUCUGGAAUCAGGGAGGUAAAUUUCAUUUUGUCGCGCCGGCUGCUGCUCCGCAGGUACCAUUUUAUCCACCAUUGCAGUAUGAUCCGAACUUCCAGCCACAUAAUGACUAUCGCCAUCAUCACCACGGCUAUCCGCUGCAAGCGAGACAUGCUGGUGAAAAACCACCGAUAGCGCGGCAACAACCUCGUCCAGCCCAGCAACCCCAGGACCAGAAUCAACUUACUCAUCAAGCUGAACAACAUCCACAGCAUCAGCCCCAGUUCGGGAAUCUCCAAGGUCAACCUCAAUUCCAAAUACAACACCACCCCCGCAAUCUUCAGCCGGCGCACGUUACACCUGUGCUCGCAGCCAACCCAUUUGGGAAAAACUCGGUUCCCGGUCCAUCUCUGCGCGGGAACCAGCAGCCAAAUAAGUCCCCUGUCGUGGGUGGCGGUGCGCCAGGAAAAAUCCAUCCAUGCAAACCAGUAGUGCAAGCCGAGCCCUUUGUUCGGCUCAACCCUCCCGCACAUAUGCAGGCAGGACCGUUCGUUGGCCGGCACGUUAUCUUCAACAACCACCAACACCUCAACGUCAACAAUAACCAUAACAAUAAGAAUAAUAUCCAUAAUAUCCAUAAUAAACCAACUUUCCGCUAUCCGGUUGAUAUACCUGAUGCCACCCCACGUCGGUUCCCGCGCAAUUGA